UAAAGUCGAUAGUUGGACGUGUCUAUUCGUCUAUAACGCACAAUUGUACACAGCCAGCGGCGGCUAGCUGGCGCUGUGAAAUUAUUAAAUAAAAAAAAAAAUAUAAAAAAAAAUAUGUCAACUCAAGAAAAAAUCGAUCUGGACUUGAACAAGCCUAAACCGGGCCUUGGAUUCCGGCAUGUGCAAACAAUACUAUUGUUCUUCGGCCUCCUGCUCGCUUACUGCAUGAGGGUCAACAUGAGUAUGGCUAUUGUAGCCAUGACUGAUGGCAGCGAAAAUUCCUUUGAUUGGAGUAUACAAAUCCAAAGUGUGAUAUUAUCCUCCUUCUUCUGGGGUUACGUGGUGCUCCAGAUACCUGGUGGGGAGUUGGCUGCCAAAUUUGGUGGAAAACUCCUGUUCUGUUUGUGUGUUGGCAUUAACUCUGCCACAUCUAUUUGCAUACCCAUCAGCGCUUAUUAUGGUGGCUGGCAGUUGGUAUGUGCAUGCCGUGUUAUUCAGGGUCUGUCGCAAGGUUUCCUCUAUCCCUCUAUACAUACCCUCAUUGGGAAAUGGGUGCCUUUGGAGGAGAAAACUUCAUUGGGAACGUUAAUUUACGCAGGUUCACAUUUGGGAACUGCUCUGGAAUUGUCAGCUGCUGGCUUAAUUGCCGAGUACUGGGGCUGGCCAGCUAUCUUUUACGUGAUUGGCACAUUAGGAGUUAUAUGGACUACCAUCUAUAUAUUCGUCGGUGCUUCUUCCCCUGAAGAAUCUAGACUAAUCAGUGAUGCGGAGCGGAAUUAUAUACACGAGUCAUUGGGUCAUGUUGUUGGACGCAAGAAAUUGAGAACUCCAUGGAAGUCGCUCUUUACCUCACUACCGUUUAUAUCUUUGUUGAUUGUCCACUGUGGACAGAAUUGGGGUUUUUGGACUCUGAUGACAGAAAUACCUUCCUAUAUGAAUCAAGUACUCGGUGUUAAUAUGAAAUCGAACGGCCUCAUGUCCGCGCUACCCUACCUAUCAAUGUUCCUGCUGAGUUUCCCAUUUGGAUUCUUCUCUAACUAUGUGUUGAAUAAGAAGUGGCUCAGCACUACCACUACCAGAAAAAUAUGCAAUUCUAUAGGUCUUUUCGGCCCUGCCUUGGCAUUGAUUGCUCUUUGUUAUACGCCCGCCGACGUCACCAUUACAGUCAUUAUGCUGACAUUAGUGGUCGGUCUCAACGCUGGACAUAUUAUGGGCUUUAUGCUGGUGCACAUCGACAUGGCUCCCAACUUCGCCGGCACCAUGAUGGGCAUCACUAAUGGUACGGCGAAUGUCAUAGCCAUCAUUGCGCCUCUGGCAGCGGGAGUUAUAUUAAAUGACGAAACCGAUCCGAAGGAAUGGCACAAAAUUUUCUAUUUGGCGUCUAUAAUAUAUAUCAUUGCAAAUAUAAUCUUUCUCAUAUUUGGUUCCGCUGAGCUACAAACGUGGAAUGAACCGAACGAAUCCGAGAAUAAAAAUACUACUGAUGAAGCACUAGAAAAAGUGGAGAAGGUGAUAUAAGAAGAAGUGUGGGUACAUUUAAUUUCAAAUGAAUAUGGGAUUUCUCGUGAUGAUACAUUCAUCUAACCCAUCCUAACCCAAUCAUAAUCAUAUACAAGGAUCAUUAAAAAGUGCAAAACUGAAUAAGAUUGAUUUACCCAACGAUAAGUAACUCGUAAUACUGACAGCAAUUAGGAAAUUGACGGAUGAAAAUAAUGAUUUAUUUAUUUAUUUAUACUUUUGAACACAUUAAAAUAUUUCUACAGGGCAUACUUAAUGCCUGAUGGUAUUCUUUCCUAUUACGCUAAACAGAGAGAACCAAAAGCGGUGCACAGAUUUAAACAAAAUGUAAAUUAAAUAAAUAUUUUGUAAAUAUACAAAUAUAUAGAAUAACUUAUACUUACAAAAAAUGUACAUACACAAAUCACAUACAAUACAUAUAUAAAUAACCAUACAUAGUAGAUAUUAAAUUAAUAAAAAUAUAAAUAAUAACUAAUUAUAUAAUAGUUCAGAUUGAGGCUUUUCAUUGUAAAUUAGUUGAAAUAUCUUUAAAUUUUAUUGAUAUUGGAGUCUGUUGGCACUUUAUGACUUUUUUCAUUCAUUUUUAUAAAUGAAACAUUUGUACUAAAUCCUGUGGAAGCAGCACUAAUAUUUUCUUUUAUAAAAAUUAACACGAAUAUAUUUCAAGUUUAUAAAACGAGCUGCUGAACUGCUGAAAUUACUUUUAUUGUACUAUAAAACUCAUUUAGUUGCUUUCAUGUCUUACGAAAGCUGAAUUUCUCUCUCUCUUAAGUUUAGAUUAAUUAUGAGGAGUAUAAUUCUAGUCUAUGGUUCUUCAUAGAUAGAAUAUAAUUUAACCUACUUCUAAAUACGAGGAGGUACUAAAUUCGACUGUGUUCGUUCCUCGUGUGUAUGUUACACGAUAUCUAGUAUAAAUCUAUUUUAAAUAAGUUUUAACUUUAAGGUAGUUGUUGUAAAUAUAUUAUUAUUAUUA